AUGCGAUGGAACCAAUCUGGAUCCCUUCCUUUGGCACGCAAGCCGCGCCUUUUGCUGAUCCUCGUGCUGCUUAUCGUACUUUCGUACUGGCAACUUUCCAACCUGCAGAGAGGGAUCAUUGAUGUCUAUAGUUCUGUGAAUCCACAGAAUGCAGUACAUCCGCUCGAAGCCGCCGUCGCGGCAGCCGAGCAGAACUUCGUGAGACUUCUCAGUCGGCAGUCGCAGAGUAUUGAGGCAGCUACGGCAGAAUAUACGAGGAGAUACAGCUUAGAACCUCCGCCCAACUUCGACAAGUGGUUCGAACUGGCCCGACAGAACGAGUUUGUGCUCGUUGAUGAAUUUGACACGAUCAUGGAAUCUCUGGCGCCUUUCCGCAAGGUUCCGGGCGAGGAGCUUCGGCGACUCGUCGAUCGUGCAAUGAGUCAACUUCCGGAACAGCUGCUCAGGUAUGAGAUACGGAAAGGAAAGUUUUCGGCCGAAGCUGGGUCUGGGCCAUCCUGGUUCGCUAACUCGAUGCGAUCUUUCCUGCCGUGGGACUGGUUGGCACUCCUACCAGACAUGACGGCAGUCAUGAACGUUUACGAUGAGCCAAAAGUCGUCAUUCCAAAGGUAACUAGCGACGCGACACCCGCAGGCACAUUGCUGUUCUCCGACCUGGCGCAAAAAGAUGUCUGGCCGUCGGUCAAGCUAGGAUGUGAGCCCAUUGCUCCGGCCAGAUCCGUUGUAUGCGAGGCACUGAAACAGCCGGCUAUCGAGAUGAUCACGGAUUUGGCCAAAAGCAAAGACGUCUGCUCUAGCUGCGACCUGCACAAGCAGGAAGGCUUCCUACUCGCUCCGGCGAAUCUCCAACUUACACACCUACCUGUACCUAUUAUGUCGCAAGCAAAACCGAGCGUGUUCAGCGACAUUCUAUUCCCCAGUCCCCACUACUGGGGAGGUAAUGAGGUUUCCGAUGCCGUCAAGUGGGAAGACAAAGCGUCAACGUUAUAUUGGACAGGUAGUGCGACCGGUGGAUAUGCGAAAGACGACAAUUGGAUGCAUAUGCAGCGUCAGAGACUCGCCCUCAUGCUGAGCAACGGAUCAUCAUCGCCGAUCCAGCUCCUCAAGUACGCAACGUCAGCUGGAUGGAGAACGUACAAUUCAACGGCCGACGGGAUUGCCGACAUUGUCCAGGUACGCAUCACUGGCACAACCGGGCAAUGUGAGAGCGCCAUCUGUGAAGAGGAGAAGAACGUCUUCGGUAUUGGAGUCGAGGAGCUAAGAGAUCCAGAGAGCGAAAUCCAUCUGCACAAGUUCCUCCUUGACCUGGACGGCAACAGCUUCAGUGGUCGAUAUCACCGCUUGCUGCGCACCAAUUCAGUGGUACUAAAGCAGACUGUGUUUCAAGAAUGGCAUGAUGACCGGCUUUUGCCAUGGCUGCACUUCAUUCCAAUUAGUACAAGUUUCGAAGAGCUUCCUGAAGUGGUCAGAUUUCUCGCUAAGACUGAUGUGGGCAACGCGCUGGCGCGCAAGAUUGCGUUGAACUCGCGAGACUGGGCCGAAAAAGCAUUGAGACAUGUAGACAUGCAGCUCGUGCUGCUUAGAACACUUCUCGAGCUUGGGAGGAUACUGGGAGACUGA